AUGAAGGCCGCACACUUCACCACCGUCCUGCUCUCCCUUGCACCUAUUGCAUCUGCCUAUGCCUGGCCAGAGUGGCUACCAGAGCUCGACGCUCUGGUCGUGAGGAGGCAGGACUCAGACUCCACGACAUCUUCGGCAAAAGCUACUGCCACCGCAUCAGCAACUGACGACCCAGCGGACGCCGGAAACUUGAACACUGCGGGCAUCACCUCAGCAAGUGAUUCGGGCACGGCUUCCGCAACAGGCGAUUCAAGUGCGUCCGCAACUGGGACUGCAACGGGCACAGAUAAGGACGCGAGCUCGACAAGCAAGAAGAGCUCGAAGACAACAAGUGCGAGCGUAAAUGCGGACGAUCCGGCCGGCAGCGCGGUCAUGUUGACGCCCCAGACCACGUUGACGAGCGCGCUCUACCGAAUUGGUGAAUAUGUCACAAUGGGCUGGAACUACACAAACGUGCAGGUCACCCCCACGGCAGUCGACUUGGUCAUUUCCUGUACCACCGCCUCCGAGUCCUGGACCUUGACGUCUAACAUGACGUAUGAAACCUCGGCCGCUUUUACCUGGGACACGGGUGCUUUCCAGAGCGACUCGGUCCAACAACCCCUACUCGUCGAACAGUACAUCCUGUACAUCUACGACGCCGACGCGAGCAUCAGUGCAACCGCCGGUCCGGGCGAGCUGACAGCCGCAGCCGCCAUGACCUUUGGCCUGUACACCGGCCAGCCUUACACCCCGCUCGCUAGUGGCUGGGUUUGUGCAACCUGCAACAGUGGUGCCAUGUCCAGCAGUGAGAGGCAAGCCCUCGGUUUCCUGUUCACCGUAGCAGCUAUCACCGUGGCGAGCUUUACCUGGUUUGUGACUGGGCUGUGGUGA